GCCCAUCGCAGAGAUUACGUGUCAACACAGGUGAUGUUGGAUUCCACUGCUAGAAUCCACAGGUUGUAAACAAAAUAGAUACCAGAUGGCCACUAAAGUAUCUUAAGGACCCUCUGCAAAAUGGAUGUGUCUAAAUUCCUGGAUGACCACUUUGAUGCCAAAGAAUGGGUGAACUCUGCCUUCAGGGCCCACAAAGACCCUGGUGUCUCCAAAGAUCAACAUGCCACAACCCUAGUGAUGAAGCUUCAGAAAUUCAUCCAGGAAGUGAACAUUGUGGUGGAAGAGGCCAGCAAUCAGGCCAUUCAGAAUUUGCCCAAAGUGAUGCGGGAGAUAGAAGCAGUGAAACAGGAAGCAACAUUACUGCGUGAACAGAUGAGGACAGUCAAACAUGACAUACAAAAGGUGGAGCAGGACACCGCCCAAUCCAUGCAGAUGUUGUUACAACUGGACGGUAUAAAGUCUCGGAUGAAAGCUGCCUCAGAUGCCCUGAAGGAAGCAGAUAACUGGACGACCUUGUCAGCUGACGUGGAGGAUGUGUUCUCAUCACAAGACAUUCAGGCUAUUACUGUGAAACUUGUAGGCAUGCAGCAGUCCCUGCAAAUGUUGGUGGACACACCGGACUACGCAGAUAGAUGUCAGUAUCUGGAGAAAUUGAAGAACCGACUGGAAGCCAUUCUUAGUCCUCAGCUAGUGGCUGCCUUCAAUUCUCAGUCACUGGACAUGGCUCAGAUGUACAGCGGAAUAUUCCGAGACAUCAACCGCCUGCCUCAGCUCUACAAAUACUACCACAAGUGUCACAAGGGAACACUGCUUCAGGCAUGGCAGAACAUUUUGGAGACAAAUUCAGGUGACACUCUGGUAGAAUGGCUAACAGAGCUGUAUGAUACGCUCCUGUCAACAUGGCAUGCCCAGGUGAAGUGGUGUGGCCAGGUGUUCCGUAACCCAGUGCCCAUCGUCUGUGAUCUCCUCACUGAGGUGCUGAAUUCGCUCAACCCCUCUCUCCCAGAAUCUGUGGGCACACUGUUACAAGAAAAGGGUGACACACUUAAUACACUGAUUACCCUUAAGGAGAUCACAGAAAGAUUUGCCAAGAGCAUAGAGGGCGCUGUGGAGUCGCACAUGACAGAUGACCCCAGUCACGUGAAGAGCCUUGAGAAACUUCUGAACACAGUAUACUCUCCCUUCAGACCUUACAUCCUUAAGUACAGGACAUUUGAGGAGCUGGCACUGAACAAUGACCUAGAUAACAUCAGAUUGGACCAUCAGGAGAUCAUAGACACUGUGAGACUACUGGGGGAUUCUGUCAGCAAGCUCUUUAGUGCUGCUAAUCAGGCAAAUGAACGGUGUUUGAAGUUGACUGAUGGCUGUGGAUAUCUUUCUCUGCUGGAAGGCUUCAAGAAUUAUUUCCUGAACUACGCUCGUGAAUUCCGCCGUGUUUUGGUGAACAUCCAGGAGAAGUGUAGGAUGGACAAGAGUUCUCAGGAUGCUGAGGAUUGGUCAUUAUUUCAACAUUCCCUGAGGAUCAUACAGACUUGUGGGGAGUUAAUCAUGCAUACAGAUGAAUUGGACCAGACCAUCAUCAGCAGUAUAAUAACUUCCAUUGGUUCUUACCAUCUCUCACCCAGCACUACGCAUAAAGUUUCAGAGAACAGAGUAUCUAACAAAAAAAAUCUUCUACAUGCCAAGGCGUCGUUGUUGUUGAGUAAUCUGUCAGACAUCGAAGCCUUGGAAUCACUGGUAGUGAAGCUAGAUGAAGGUGAUACUCCGUCGGUGUUGCCUGAGGUGAAGAAGGAGAUCUGUAGCCUGAGUGAAGCGGUGCACAAAUUUGCUUUUGACAUUGUGUUUGCUCAGCUCCAGGUUUAUCUGACAGGAUUGGGCGAGUAUGAGAUGUGGACCUCACAGAGUACUGGAGGGGCCUUGACCUCUGACCUCCCGACCUUCAGUAUGUCUCCACAAGAGUACAUUACCAAGAUUGGUCAGUACUUAAUGACGUUGCCACAGCAACUGGAACCAUUCACAAUGCAGGAUAACCCAGCGGUUGUCAUCGCACUCAAACAUGGACGACUUCCAUACACUGAUGAACAAGAGAUCCCUGAGCACACAGCAGAUCUUUGGCUGGAAUCCAUUGCGUGUGGCACAAUGCAUGUGUACUGUGAGGAGAUCUUGAAGAUUCACCAGAUUACCCCUCAUGCCACCCGACAGCUCGUCACAGAUAUUGAUUACCUAGGAAAUGUCCUUGAAGAUCUUGGCCUGCGAGUUUCAGACACAUUGAUGAACAUUGUCCAGUUACUUCAGGCUAAAGCAGAAGAAUACCCUGAAGUCGCCAAAACUCUCCCUCAGCGAUUGACGCACGCUAUCAGCAGCAUGAGAGGCAUUGAACUUUGACCUCUGUGACAAACAUUCAAACUUUGACCACUGUGAUAAACAUGUGGACAUCCAAGAGAACUUAUUCCCUUUGUCGUAGAUAACUCUUCAUUCUCCAGCACGCAUUGUCAGUAAGCGUGUUCUCAUCACAUAUUUAUCUGACAGUGGAAGCAAAAUGCAGUGUAUUGAUAUUCCCAUUAUUGUGUGUCCUCAAACUUCUUGACAGUAAGAUAAUGUAAGCUUAAAACAGCUGCCAGUGUUACAUGUAUACAUGUAUGGCAUCCUUCUAUGAUAUCACAAGCCUUUCACCCAUGAGGUGAUGUUGUCAAAUCCAGAGCUUGCUGACUGAGCUCCAUCUGUAUAAGUAGAGGUUCGUCAACUGCAUGAUGAAAAGCAUUAACUCCUCAUACAGUAGCCCUCACCUCUAUCGUGUAGAACUGUUCUGGAGCACAGCAAAAACAUCAGUCGAAGGAAGCAGUGAAUGACAGGAUUAAGGGAUGAGUUACAAUGUGUCUUGACUGAGAUAAAAGGCACAACAUUUAAAGAACACGGUGUAAUAGUUUGCUCAGUUUGAAACAGCUGUGUACAUUCUAUAUGAGAUCGUCUUCGACAUGCAUUGCUUGGUGCAUUAUAUUAACUUGUAGAAGAAUAUUUUUGAAGUUAUGAACUGUGUUAAUUAAUGGAGAACUAUUGUCAGUAGAUAUCUAGAUAGAUAUCUAAUUUUGGACAUGGUUACGUACAUGGGGAAGCAGGUAUUUGUAUAUUUAAUUUUAUAUCUGUAAGAUACGAUGAUGUACCUGUGUGAAGGUACAGGGGUUGACUUAUGCAGCCAGUUGAAGAGGGCGAAGUGGUUUUCAUAUUAUGAUGAACAAGGGGGUUGACUCAAAAUAAAUAUAUACAUAUAGGUAAUAUAAACACAGCACCACAGAGUUAUUGUCCAUGGUAUUUUACUGCUAUUUAAUGAGUGGGAUUUUAUUUGCAUCAUUAAAUAUAGACAAUAAUAAUGACGUCUUCAUGGAGAUGGUGUAUAAGAAUAUGGCACACAGUUGUUAAUAAGACAGUCUUACUCAGAUGGUUGAUAUACAUUUUCCUUUUUUUUUAAAAAUAAAACACUAGUUGCAUAGUCAGUUAAUAAUUUUAAGUAUGAUAAAUGACCUAAAAUUCAAUCCCAAAGAUGCAUUUUGAGAGGAAAUUAAGUGUCUCUAAAAUAUUACUUUUGGUGCUGAAACUGACAUAAUAUGCAGUAGGAAAUAAUUCUUUCUUUCAAACUCACCUUAAAAUACCUAAGCUGAACAGAACUCUCAGAAUCAGAGAACAUGUGCACCUUUGUCAUGAGCGAUAUUUUAGGUUAUUUACCAUGAACAGUUUGGCUAAAUUCUAUAAUAACAUCAACCUUAGCCAAUGAAAGAAUAAGGAACAUUUGACGUGGAAAUUCCAAGGAAAUGCUGGCAAACUGAGACAGCCAGUAUGGUUUUAGUAUGUACAGAUAGAACUUACAUGGUUUGUCCAUUUUUUUCUUUUUCUGUUCGUAAAAGUCUCAUUAGUAUGUAAUAAGACGAAAUUAUAUGUAAACGGAUGAACUGACAAAUGUGAUGCAAUGAGACAUCUAGAAUGAUAGGAUUCAUGGUGCAGUGGAAGGUGGAUUAGAAUUUGGAUUAUGUGAUGAUACGAUAGGACAUCUGGAAUGAUUGUGGCUUAUGCUUCAUGGUGUGAAGGAAGGUGGAUUAGAAUGUGGAUUAUGUGAUGGUGCGAUAGGACAUCUGGAAUGAUUGUGGCUUAUGCUUCAUGGUGUGAAGGAAGGUGGAUUAGAAUGUGGAUUAUGUGAUGGUGCGAUAGGACAUCUGGAAUGAUUGUGGCUUAUGCUUCAUGGUGUGAAGGAAGGUGGAUUAGAAUGUGGAUUAUGUGAUGGUGCGAUAGGACAUCAGGAAUGAUCGUAGCUUAUGUUUCAUGUUGCAAUGGAAGGUGGAUUAGAAUGUGGAUUAUGUGAUGGUGCGAUAGGACAUCUGGAAUGAUUGUGGCUUAUGCUUCAUUGUGCAAUGGAAGGUGGAUUAGAAUGUGGAUUAUGCGAUGGUGCGAUAGGACAUCUGGAAUGAUUGUGGCUUAUGUUUCAUAGUGCGAUGGAAGGUGGAUUAGAAUGUGGAUUAUGUGAUGAUGCGAUAGGACAUCUGGAAUGAUUGUGGCUUAUGUUUCAUAGUGCGAUGGAAGGUGGAUUAGAAUUUGGAUUAUGUGAUGGUGCGAUGGGACAUCUGGAGUGAUUGUGGCUUAUGUUUCAUGCUGCGAUGGGAGAGGGGAGGAGAGGGUCUCCAUGGCCGAGGGGGUUAGCACGAAUGCGAUCGCUGUGAGUUCAAGUCCAGCUCAUGUUGGCUUCCUCUCCGGCUGUACGUUGGAAGGUCCCGCAGCAACCUGUGGAUGGUUGUGGGUUUCCCCCGGGCUCUGCCCGGUUUCCUCCCACCAUAAUGCUGGCCGCCGUUGUAUAAAAGAAAUAUUCUUGAGCACAACGUAAAACACUAAAUCAAAUAAAUAAUUCAUGGUGCGAUGGAAGGUGGAUUGGAUCAUGCCGUGAUGGUGCGAUGGAACAACAAGCUGAACAAAGCUAGUGUGUUGUAUGGCUAACAUAAUGGUAUGACGGAAUAUAAUUAUAUGUUGUGCAAGUUCAUAAGCCGGAAUAUAGUUAUAAGUACAUAUAUAUGUGGUAUAAAUACGUACGUAUGCCGCUAUGAAACACAGAGCUGGGUCACAAGUGGUGAAAAAUAAAGUGAAACGGAGGGUUAUAUUUUACUGUGUAUUGGGAAAUCGGGUGGAAUCUAGCGUUUGUAAAGGUGGGGGGUAAAGCAUCAGGAGAAAACAUUGUCAUCGUUCGAUGAAACACUAGCAGAGAGGGACACUCGCUGUGAUGGGGUGGAACACCUUACAGGUACUGCAGUGGAAAGUUAAAACAGAACGUGAUUUGCGCCAUGGUGAAAUGGAACGUCUGACGUCUGAUCCAUGUAGUAGUGUCAUGGAACAUCCAGUUUCGGAAUCAGUCCACAUAUCAUGCAUCAUUUUGUUCAGCUUAAUCCAUCUGCACUGUGAUCUCCACGCAUCGGUAUCUCUAUCUGGUAAGCCGUACUUCAGAGUAUACCAAUGUCCAUUGGCCUUGGUAUAUCCAUAUUUGCUCUAGAGUCCUACUUCAGUCCCCAGAGACGCCAGGUUGAAAUAUUAAAUUGAUGUGAAGGAUACCCAGUGGGAUAUAGCUAGCAACACGGUUUAAAAAAAUUUACGCUGAAUAACGGUUUUUAACACCUGUAAGUGAAGAGUCCUGAAAAACAAAAUCUUAAGGAGUUUCCGUAAAAUUUUCCUGAUACAACGUGGUAAUAGUUACAUUGU